GGUGGUCACGUACUGUGGUCAGUUCGAUGAAGGAAGCUUGACCGAUGCUUGCGAUAGAGGAGACAACGGAACGGUCGUCCUUUGAUACCUGUCUGAGCCAAAGCUUGGCCUCUCGGGACAUUUUGAUGCUCGGAGUGGCAAGAGCAGAGGACUAGACUCGCUCGCAGAUCGAGCAUUGUCAGAAUAGCGGUGUCAAAACUAUUCUGUCUGUCGGCGGAGGCAUUGGGAAUCAUGGUCUCGACUCAAAAGAUGAUUCGGAUCAUGUCUCCCAUUAUUCAUGGAACUCUUGCCUCGGCGGCGAGGAUGGUUCAGAACACUGGGGCAAUCGAGAGUCUCGAUGGACUCGAUCUAGAUAUCUAGAGCGAGGCAGACCCGAGCACUACAACACUGUAGUGCAGUAGUUGCACGAUCUGAUGUAGGACGAGGACUACAAAUUCUAAUGGAAUGGAAUUGGGGUGUUGCUGCCCAGUGUCCAUAACCAGAUGAAUGCGCUGGUUCGGGCGGUGACAGUGGCUUGUUUAAUUACGUGUGGGUUCAGUUCUACAAUCUCGACCAGUGCCACUACCAGUACCACCGGAAUGGAAGCCAUCUUGUCGAUCAGUUCUGUGCCCAAUGCCAAGGCACUCAUGGAUGCAACUACUAGCAAUUACGAUCUGGACUCGGCUGGAUGCCCAGUGACGUGAUGGUCUCAGAUUCGAGGUUCCAGCAACUUCGGUGGCGUGAUGCUUUGGUCUUACUACUACCAGAAGAAUCCAUCUUACAGCGCUGCUAUCGAGAAGGAGAUGUGAGAAGCACAACUCAGAGACAGCUGGUGAUUCAUCCGAUGGGCAGGGCAGGUCCCGGUCUUCAUACUGCACCAUCCUCAUUCACUGACGAACAUGCCAUGAUUCUUUUAAUUUCUCUGCCAAAACCUGUAAAUACAUGCUUUUCCAAUUUUUACCCGGCAUUUCUACCGUUGAAAUCGUUGCUUUUGAAAGCUAUUUCAUUGAGUAAACAAAGUGCUACAAAUAUGGAGUAAUGUUCAAUUGGACUGAACUAGUUCUGAUGCAUAUUUGUGCAACAAAUCCACUUCCACCGGAUGACAUGCUGCGUUGGACCGGAGUACUCCUGUCGUCAUAUAAGCCAUAUUUUUGUCCGUAUGAGUGGGUCAGACCUUGAAAGUCAUGAAGCCAACGGAGGGAGGGACCGUAAGCUGUUUCUCUGCCAAAUAAACUGAAAUAACGACGGCAAAACCAUCUCCUCUCUUAUGCCUGCUUGUACUUGUUUUCUUCACAUAGCUGUAGUUCGUACCCCGCCCUCCACUCAGUCAAAGAAGUGAUGUCAUGAGGAC